GGAACAUCAAGGUUGUUGAGUAGGUUCGCAGACGGGAUAGCAGGGUUUGGGUUUGGGAGGUGGUGUGUGUCUGAUGGUGCCAGUGGUGCAGGACCAGUGCUGCUUAUCCCCCUCGUUCCUUCAUGCCCCCUCCCCGUGUGUCCUGACCCGUUAGCGCCCCUCCCCGCCCUGCCGUGCCUCCCCCCCCUCCGUCUCGCCUCUCCUUCUGCCUGUCCUCCUGUCCCUCAUGCUUUGGACACAGGCGCCACACCGAUUGUCCAAUGACUGCCUGGAUCGUCCUGCCCGUCAGCCUCUCCGCCUUCUCCAUCACAGGAAUAUGGAUCGUUUACGCUAUGGCAGUGAUGAACCAUCACGUGUGUCCUGUAGAGAACUGGUCGUACAAUGUGACGUGUACGGAGGAGACUGCCAAGCCGGGCUUCCCCAAGACCUGCUGCACUCUGCAGGACAUCCCCCUCAUUAGUAAGUGUGGCUCAUUCCCCCCGGAGAGCUGUCUCUUCAGCCUGAUUGGCAACGUGGGAGCUUUCAUGGUGGUGAUGGUGUGCCUGCUUCGCUACGCCCAGGUUAUCGAGCACAGCCACCGCUGCUGGACCAACACCAGCGCCCUGGUCUCCGGCUGCACCAACGCCCUGGGCCUGGUCAUGGUGGGCAAUUUCCAGGUGGACCAUGCCAAGUCUCUGCACUACGUGGGGGCGGGCGUGGCCUUCCCGGCUGGCCUGCUGUUUGUGUGCUUGCAGUGCGUGCUGACGUACCGCGUGGCGGUCACCGCCCUCGACUACUGGAUGGCCCACGUCCGCGUUGCCCUUGCCGCUGGGGCCCUGGUCUCCCUGGUCCUUAGCGGCAUUUUUUUCAUCCACGAGAGCUUUGUCCUGCAGCACGCGGCAGCCAUCUGUGAGUGGGUCUUUACCGUGGACAUCCUGAUCUUCUACGGCACCUUCACCUACGAGUUCGGCGCUGUCAACAACGACACCAUGAUCGUGGCCCUGCAGCGCAGCCACCAUCGGGGGUCGGGGGUCAUCAUCGGGGGCGGGGGGAGGGGCGGGGCAAUGGGGAGCGGCACCAAGAGCCUGAAGUCACCUGGAGGGAGCAGCACCUCCACCCACCUCAACUGCAACCCAGAGAGCAUCGCCAUGCUGUAGCCACGCCCCCCGGCCCCUCCCAGCACAUCUUCAGCUCGCUGCCCCAGGUGGUUCUGCCCGUUCAGGUUACCUUGGUGACGGCUGGAUGGGCGCUGGGGCGUUUUUAGGGUGGGGAGGGCGAGAGGGCUUUUCAGGUUGGCACAGGUCUGAUUCUGCUGUGUUUCACACUUUCUUUGUAUUUAUUUAUUAUUUUUUAUUAUUUUAGCACGGAUCAGUCUCUCCUGUUUCUCUGACGGGAGCUGUGUUUUUUUUCCUUGUAAUGGUUUUCAAAUGUUGUCACAUUUCAUCCUUUAAGUUUCGUAGUGGCUGGGAAAAGAUGGAAAGGCAUGCCUGAUCACAGCAGCUCUGCACUGCUGUGCUUCUUCCAUUGUGAAAACCAGGAUGGAUGAUUAUAUUUAAAUCUCAAUUCUUCUUUUUUAAAAAAAUUUAUUUGGUACAAAAUAUGGCAUAUGAGUCCCAUGUAUUCGCAUGUGUAUUGUGGUGAUGUGUGAGAAAAAACAAUAUAAGGUGAAACUGUAGGUAAGCAAAAGGAGGAGGAGAAAGUCAUUGUUAGCUUUGUACACUGCUUUGACUGAGAUCAGUUGGGCUGCCUAAAUUUUCCCAGAAUGCUGCCUUUUCUUCUUGUGGAAGGGUUGAAAUGUACCCUCAACAUGCACUGUGAUACAGUUGUAACUCAUGUCCGUUUGCCAUAAGUUGAUAUUAUUUACUUACUUUCCACCAUGAGAGUUGAUAAAAAUUAUCUUGGAUUGUUUUUGAAAGCAUUUUGGAAGUUCAUUAUGCCAGUAACAGAUUUUCCAGAUCAAUGGUAUUGAUAUUUUACCCUUCUCAUUGGACACAAUUUGCACUCACCUCUGAUUGGUGAAGACACAUUAUGUGACACCUCUGAGCCAGUCAUACACUACUGGGUAUUGUGGGUGAAGAGGAACACUCCUAUUUUUUUUUUACCCAUUUUGUUCAGACAGACUCAUUUACUGUAACUUUAAUGUACUUGGUUAAAAAGAAAAAUGACAUGUGGAUGUAUUAUGGCUAAAAGAUAUAUUUUAGGACACCCAUAUAUACCAGAUCAAGUUUUAACAGCUGGAACUGCAAGGAAUGUGAGGUGUUUGAAUGCAAAUUUGAUAAUUUUUAUGAGGGAUAAAACUCAAAGCUCUGAGGGUGGAGCAGUCAUUAGCAUGCUGUGUGAAUAAGACUGGGGUCAUAUCAUUCCACUGUGCCAUUUUUCCUGUCUUUCUGCUGAAUGAAUGAGUGCAGGAUGCAAGGUUUGUCUGCCAGUUUUAUGUGUAUAAUGAGGAUUUUUUUUAUACUUUCAUUUUUUAACUGUAUUUUUUUUUUUUUACCUUACACAGGAUUUAUUGUUGUUCAUAUGAUCGGUGUCAUAUUUCACCUGAGAGUUAUUUGACUCACUUCGUUGCCAUUUUGACAUCUAUUUUGUGCAAUAUCCCUGCCGUAUCAAACUGCAGGACAUUUGCCUCUGCAGCUACAUCUCGGAGGUGUGCAGCGGUGUAGACGACGUGGGCCUGUGGGGGGGUGAAGUACACCCUGACCAGAUUCAGUAUCACAGUAUUGCACUUUUCUGUUAACUUUGUGCAACAAAUUGUUUUAAAUGUAUGAGUGAGUGAUUCUUACAAAGCAUACGGGAUGGGGAAACUAAUCUUUGCUUUAAUUUGCGAGUCAGUAUUGGGGACAAGCAAAAAUAGUCAUUACACUGAAUCUAGGCCCAUUAGGAAAAUGUUGUUUGGUAACCAGGAUGUAUUUCAGCUGCAGGCCUCAUUGAUCUGUUAGCAAAAACAGGGCUGUUGUGGGGGCAGAAGACAGAAGGUCAGGAUAAUUGGUACUGGUGCCAUUUGAUGCAAUGAAGCAAUAUAGUGUCCAACACGAGUAUCUUAGUCCUGCCUAAUGGACGUGCCCUUUGUCGACUUCACGAUAGCACGUUGGAAAGUGGACAGUGGAUUUUUGCUGAGUAAACACUUCCUCUUUUCGAGACCUCUUCCACUGUGACUGUGGUGGACAGAGAUUUUAAUGCAAGUAGUAUACAGGGGCACACACAGAGACCAACAAAGAAGUGUUUUAAUAUUUUGGAAUAUUACCAACUCCUCUCCAUGCCGUGAGGUAGUUGUGGUGCAACUAUGAAACCAACUGCCAUUUCAGGAUGAAAGCAAAGCAGAUGCUUUAGUAGUUUUGUGUCUUUUAGUCUUCAUUUGACUGUUUUUCCUUUUGCAGAAAAUGAGGUGCAUUUUCUGACCAGAGCUCUUGUGGUGAUCUCAGCUGUCACUGAGAGAUCAUUUUUAAAUGGAAACUGUAUCAGACUGUAAUCAGACACAUGAGCAAACAGAUGGCGGUGCCAUAUUUUGCUGAAUCCUCAUAAAAUAUGUCUUGGCUGUUUGUAACAGCGGACAAACAGAUGCAAGCCCUGUAGUACUCAAACCUCCUGUUCAGUUUCCUUACCUCCUUUGCUGUUGUGUGUGUGUGAGUGUAUGUGUAUGUGGAUGUGAAUGACAUUUUCUCCCUGGCCUUAAAUUUGUUCACAUUCACCGUUGUGUUUUCCCGGCAGGGCUAAAUUUGUCAUCACAUUGCUGUAAAUUACAGUUGAAAAUAUUGAUAAAAGCCCUAACUAAAAUGAAACAAAGUUAGACAAUCUUAAGUAUGUUAUUAUUGUCAUAGCAUUAAGAUGAUCUGUGCUUUGUCACCAGUAGAAGUUCCACGAGCCACUCAGUCUUUGGUCACUCAGCCAAACUGUCACUUGAACACUCGUACAGCUGCAACGAUGAUGCAAACCGAAGAAAGCAAUUUACAGCAAAGUGUCAGACCACAGCAUUGGAUUAUAAAAACAGCCAGCGUGCUCUUUUAAAAAAAAAAAAAACUGAUUUUGUGGCAGUUUUGAGUUGGGCGUUUGAAACCACCUCUUUUGCCACCUGAAAAGGUACAGCCAAAAACAGGAUGUCAGUACUAACGAUAAAGGAUGUGUGUUAAUUCUAUACAAUGCACUGAUUGUGAAUCUACUAGCUGAAAUUUUGUGCACUUGUACGUAGCAUAGCAAGUUGAGCAUAGUAUACAAAAGCCUGUGCAUCGAUGAAUGGUAAUAAUCGAUAGCCAAGUUAAUGAUAAUGACGCCUAUGGGAUCUUGAUGGAAGGAUGAUUUUUUUUUUUUUUUCUUGGAUGCAAUUUUUUGCCUGUACCUCAUUUAAUUUCGUACCUUACGAUGGGAGUUUUAAAUAAGGAACGGUUAACAGACGUGUAUCUGAUUUUAGUACUUCACUUCUGUGGUUGCGGGUUGGGCCGGAGUACAUUCCCACCCACAGAAGAAAUCUAUCAUUAUGA